CGGUUAAAAUACAGCGGAGGACUUGUUACCCCUUCUCCAGUCCAAACCUUUCCUAUAUAAACUCUUCCAAGGCCAAAUUAACCACAUUCUCGAUUCUUCGCUCUCUCGCCUCAACUUCUCUGAUUCUCUCUCUCCCCCUAAGCAUUUGUGGUAGGAUAAUUGAUUCCAAUGGCAUCAAGGUUGGCUGCAAGGUUUUUCUCUCGGAGGAUGUCAAGCAGUGGAAAGAUACUGAGUGAAGAGGAAAAAGCUGCAGAAAAUGUUUACAUCAAGAAAACUGAGCAAGAGAAGCUUGAGAAGCUUGCACGAAAGGGCCCUAAACCAGAAGACAAAGCAACUGCAGGCCCGGGGGAAUCGAUAACUGAUGCCAAACCAAGUGAUUCGAGCUCAACUGCCAAAGUAUCAACUGACAAGUACAGGAAUUAUGCUGUUGUAGCUGGUGUUAUGACUGCUGCUGCUGCUCUGGGAUGGUAUAUCAAAGGAAGUGAAAAGAAGGCAGAAGUGCAGGACUGAGGUUAAAGUGUCUUGAUGUGGAACAUUUGAACAUCAGUUAGUAUCACGCAGUUAGCAUAGAAAUAAAGCAAACUAUGAACUUUCAAUGUUUCUGUUCUGGCUGGUGUAUACUUUGUUGAGUUUUGAGGCACUGUUUCCGUUUUGACCUCUUCUUUUCCCAGAAAUAUAUACAUGAAUGGAGGAUACCUUUCCAGCAUUCAAUUUCGA